AUGGAGACUUUGCUGGUGACGAUGUUGAGGUUGUGGACGAGAUCCAAUGAAGAUGAUGACAUAUCUGAUUUGCUCAGAGACUUAGCUGCUGGCUUAGAUGAUAGGGGAGAUUAUGAGGAAGAUAGUUCUGUUCCAGAUCCUUGUAAGGAGCUAGUUGCCAUUCAAAAGUUAGUCAUAGAAAACAGCAAAGAAUUGUUCCCUCAUUGCAAGAAAUAUACACAACUUCGAUUUAUUAUUAGAUUGCUCCACAUCAAGCUCCUUGGAGGAUGGUCUGACAAAUCUUUCAACCUGCUACUAGAUCUACUUAAUGAUGCAUUCCCUGAGGGUUCAGCACUAGCUAAAACCUUUCAUGAGGCUAAGAAAUUAGUGAAAACCAUAGGAAUUGGGUAUACUAGUAUUCAUGCCUAUGAAAACAAUUGCAUUCUCUAUUGGAAGGGGAACGUAGAUUUGGAUUCAUGUCCAAAGUAUAUGAUUGAACAUGGUGUUAGAACUUAUGAUGCUUCGAGGGGAGAGUUCUUCCAAUUGCGGGCAGCAAUAUUGUGGACUAUUACUGAUUUCCCUGAUCUAGGAUACGUGUCAGGAUCUGUGACAUCCGGUGAAGCAGCGUGUCCUGAUUGCCACUUCUUUACAUAUUCCUUUAGGCUUGGUAAUGGUAGCAAGAAUAUUUAUAUGGGCCAUCGAAGAUUCUUGCAUGAAAAUCACCCAUUUAGGUUUGAUGCCGAUAAAUUUGGUGGUACUGAGUUUAGGACAGCACCUACACCACUUACUGGGGAGGAAAUUUUGGAGUGCAUUAAAGAUCUUAGCACUAGUUUUGGAAAGGAUCCAUCUGGAAAGAAACCAACACGCAAGAAACGCCAGGAAGGUGAACCAUUAGUAAUUUUCAAGAGAAGAUCUGUUUGGUUCAAACUUCCAUAUUGGAAAGAUUUGAUGUUGAGACAUAAUUUUGACUUCAUGCACAUAGGCAAAAAUGUUUGUGAAAGCUUACUGAACACAUUCUUGGGCACUGUUGGAAAAUCAAAGGAUAAUCUGAACUCUCGCUUAGACCUUCAAGCUCUAGGUAUUAGAAGCGAUCUUCACCCAGUUGAACUAGAUGACCAAUUUUAUUUGCCACCUGCACCAUACUCAAUGAGUCCUGAUGAGAUGAAAUUAUUUUGCCAAAUACUAAAAGGGGUGAAGUUUCCUGAUGGUUAUGCAUCUAAUAUAAGACAUAAUGUACAUGUGAAUGAGAGGAAGGUAUUUGGGCUUAAGAGUCAUGAGAGCCACAUUAUUCUACAAGACUUGCUUCCAAUUGUUGUGAGAAAAAUAUUACCAGAAACAGUCAGUGCUGUAGUGAUUUGUAUAUGUACUUUCUUCAAGAAACUUUCUGCCCCUAUCAUUCGAAUAAGCGAUAUGGAAAGUCCACAGGCUGAAAUAGCUGAAACCUUGAGCCCUCUUGAGACUAUAUUCCUUCCAUCUUUUUUCGACAUGAUGAGGUAUCUCAUGAGAUUGAAGGGUUCUGUACGUACCAAAAGUCAUCAUGAGGGAUCAAUUAUGGAGUGGUCUAAUUUCACUAAGUGCCUUACACUUUGUUCUCGCUAUCUACAUGGUGACACACAAAUUUACCGCCAAAUUAGAAAUGACCAAGAUGAUAGUACAACUCCUUUCUUCCAUAGCAUUGGGCAAGGACUGACUGGAAAAUGCACAUUUAGUUUAGACCACAAGACCUGGAUACAAGCUCAUAGAUAUGUUUUGUUCAACUAUGGCAACAUAGUACCGUACUUGGAAACUAAUUCUACAGGUCCUUUUCAGGAAAACAAAUGGCAAGCGGAAGAGGAAGUAAGAACUCAUAAGACCAAUGAUGGAGAAACCCAUGAUCAUAAUUUGCGCCCAAGGCCACAAACAAACCCCACAGUGAAUGUGAAUGAACAAAUUGAAGAAGAAGAUUUAGACUGUGAACAAAUUGAUGAAGAUUGGGAAUGUGAAGUAAUUGGAGAUUUCUUAGGUGACAAUGAAGGUUUUUAUGGCACUACAGAAAAGAGGAAAGGAAGAAGUAUCACUGUACUGAAGGACAUCUUUGAAAGGCCACCUGGCAUGCCUAAAAUCAAAGUUCCAGUCAAUCACCUCGGUCAGCAUGUUGGAGAUAACUAUAGGAGGUUUUGUAGUGCUGUUGGGUGCCAUGUGAGAAAGAAUCUGUCUGUUGCUUGUCCUGAUUGGAGGAAAAUUGAUAUUAAAAAAAAGAUGGCAGUAUGGGCAGACAUAAAGGCUCGCACAAUACAAGCCAAAGCCAACCGUGCAAAGUUGACCAUACAUCAUACAUCAGGUAGCAAGAGCUUUGCUCAAUCAGCGCAUAAAAUGAAUAAACUAAAAUCAAUUAUUGAGGAACAUCCUGAGUUGACACAAAAGACAAUCCAAGAAGGUGAUGCAUUUGUUGCUGCUUGUGGAGAAAAAGAGCCAAAAGGACGUGUGCGUGUUUUGGGUCUAGGUCCAACUCCCCAAAGUGUUGGUACCCCAGGGGUGAAGUCUUACAUACCAACAAGGAUUCAAGUGGAAGUGAUGGCCCGUAGAGAUGCAAAAGUAGCCCGUAGAGAUGCAGAAGCUGAGCAAGAAGCUCUACGACAACGCAUAAUGGAGCUAGAACAACAACUGUUGGAGGAAAGGUUAGAGCAUGAAAGGGCAAACAUGGAAAACAUCUCACAGAAUGGCUCUAAUUCACGACAUCUCAUGAGCCCAAGGUCUGAAAAUGAUGGAGUUGGGAUAGAUUUUGAUGCUGAAUUUCAUGAAGAUGAUAAUGCAUAUGCAGAACAAUCUAAUGAGUGUGAAUACACGACUAUGCGAAGGAUAGCAGCAGCCCCAUCCCAGCAGCCCCAUCAAUCCACCAUCAGAGCAGCCCCCUCAAUCCACCAUGAGAGCACCCCCAUCCCAGUAGCCCACUCAAUCAAUCAUGAGAGCAGCCCCAUCCUAGCAGCCCCUCAAUCCACCAUGAGAGCACCCCAUCCCAAAGCCCCUCAAUCCACCAUGAGAGCAGCCCCAUCCCAAAGAGCCCACUCAAUCCACUAG